GCACGACAGCUCGGUGAUGAAAAGCUUGAGGAGAGAGGGCGGCGGACAUACGAGGACGGUUUCCGGGUUUCCCUUCCUGGGCUGGGACAGCGGCAAGAGGCAAAAAAGCUCCUGUUGAAUAACAAUAUUUCAAAGUUACCUUCAGGCUCGUCAGACAUCCAGUCAACAACAACAGCGAUGUCGCAAUCUGGAGAGAAAGGGAAGUUCCCAGAUGCAACAGGUUAUGUAGGAUUUGCCAACCUCCCGAACCAAGUGCACCGAAAAUCAGUGAAAAAGGGGUUUGAAUUCACCCUAAUGGUUGUUGGGGAGUCUGGUUUAGGCAAAUCAACACUUAUAAACAGCCUGUUUCUCACUGAUCUCUAUCCUGAACGCUACAUUCCUGGUGCUGCAGAGAAGAUUGAGAGGACGGUGCAGAUCGAGGCGUCAACCGUGGAGAUAGAAGAGAGAGGAGUGAAGCUUCGCCUCACUGUGGUUGAUACCCCUGGAUAUGGUGACGCUAUCAACAGCCAGGACUGCUUCAAGACCAUCAUCCAGUACAUUGACAAUCAGUUUGAGAGAUACCUCCACGAUGAGAGUGGGCUCAACCGAAGACACAUAGUGGACAACAGGGUGCACUGCUGCUUCUAUUUCAUAUCUCCAUUUGGACACGGUCUAAAGCCUCUCGAUGUGGAGUUCAUGAAAGCCAUCCAUAGCAAAGUCAACAUAGUCCCAGUCAUUGCCAAGGCUGACACACUGACACUGAAGGAGAGGGAUCGCCUGAAGAGAAGGAUCCUGGAUGAGAUCGCAGAGCAUGGGAUCAAAAUUUAUCAGCUACCUGACGCCGACUCUGAUGAGGACGAGGAGUUCAAGGAACAGACUAGAGUCCUGAAGGCGAGCAUUCCCUUUGCUGUGAUUGGCUCUAACCAGCUGAUUGAGGUGAAGGGGAAGAAGAUCCGUGGUCGUCUGUACCCCUGGGGAGUUGUUGAAGUGGAGAACCCUGAGCACAAUGACUUCCUCAAACUACGCACCAUGCUUGUGACCCACAUGCAAGACCUCCAGGAGGUAACUCAGGAUCUGCAUUAUGAGAACUUCCGCUCAGAGAGGCUGAAGAGAGCGGGCAGGGCUGUGGAUGAGGAAGUUAUGGAUAAGGACCAGAUCCUGCUACAGAAAGAGGCCGAGCUGAGACGCAUGCAGGAGAUGAUCGCUCAGAUGCAGGCACAGAUGAAGAUGAAAUCAGACGACUGAAGGAGUCGGAGCAGAAGGGAAGCACGGUGAUCCCAACUCCCCCAACACACACACACACACACACACACAUAUAUACAGUCUACACACACACACAUAUAUAUAUAUACAGUCUACACACACACACACACACACACACACACACACACACCUGGUCCUCCUCUGAGUCCAUCGCUGAUGCCACUCUGCUGAUUAACCAGGUACCAGGAUUACACCACCACCAUAAUUUUUUUCUUCUUCCCUCCAAACAUCCAUCCAUCAGCUGUUCAGGAGGUCACUGCUGAUGUUUUUUAUUUUCCUUCCACGUCAUGUCAAGACUCUUCUUACAAUCCACUUAUGAAUUUCGCUGAUUGUCCUUUUUUUGUGGCUACAAGUUUGCUGAGUGCGACGGGACAAAAAUGAAAAAUGCAAACAUGAUUAAAUAAAUACUGGAUAAUUAUCGUCGACAUGUUAUUUCGCCUUUGAUCUUUACAGAAAUGCCAGUUACAACGGUACUAAGAUGUUUUGCCAUCACACUAACAUGUUUACAUGUGUACGAAUUGUGCAUUUUGUCCAAGUCCAAGCUUCAGCUGGUAUAAUUUUGCAUUUAUUUUGCUUAAAAAUUAUUGUGCUUCUCAUGUUUUCUAUCACCUUUUUACCUUUUGGAUGGCUUCAGUCUGUUAAUGCAAUAAAUACUAAAUACUGAAAGGUGAAACUGUCCAUGUUGAGAACGAGGAACGAUCUCGGACACAAUAUUUAUCCUUAACUGUGUUCAACUAGAAACCUUACGUUGUAGCCAACACUACAAACUUAAAUCUAGGCAUUUGUUGGAAGAGCUACUGAACUUUAUGAAAAUAGUCAAACUAAUUGCACCAACCAGACUUAAGGAUCAUGUUAUAGUUGGAAAAAAAAGUGCCAUGUUGUUAAUAUUUUUAUAUUUAUCAUAGAGAGCUGGAUGAUCUUAACGCCAGUGCCAAACUACAGACUGAAAACUAAUCAAUCUGUUCACUCCAGUAUCUUCAUGUGUUUGCUUCAGUUAUGUGAUUUAAUGUGUGAAAUGUUACACUACAUGUGCAGUCAGUUCAUCAUACUGUAUUUCUCAUUUAAAAACAAAUAUAAAAUGUUUAACUGUUUUAUAUGUAAACUCCCUCCAGACUUCUGUGAGCAGCAGACUAAACAGCCUUAACUUUUCUUCUAACUCUGCUGUCAUUUAUGUCACUUGCAUCAUUUUAUUGUUGUCUUCUCAUAUGCAAAUGUGUCUUAACUAAUAACGACAAACAUAAUUGUUAUUUCAUAACCAUUCUGUCAGGAAAGAC